UAUUAUUUAGUGGUUUUAUAAUAUAUUCAAUAUCAGCUAAAAGUCCUAAUCUUCUCAGCAUUUGUGUUAAUAAAAAUACUUCCAAAAGUUAGCGCAAGAGAAGCGUAAGGGAAGAAAUUAGAUUUUUUGCUUCCUUAAAACAAAAUUGAAAUGUUAAGAAGGAGAAAAUUUUGUUUUUAUUUGAUUUCUGUUUUGGUGUGUGUAUUUUUAUCCUCAACCGGUGUCAAUGCCGAAAAUUAUCUAAAAGCCGAAAUAGAACUACCAGGUAGGCAUCAUCGAAGACACUCUGAACAUGAAAAUGCGUGGGGACAUGAAGAAAAGGGCUACUGUGCACCGUACAAUGGUAAGAUAUGUAAGCAUCACAUAAGCGGACAAGUGUGGUAUAGUCGUGAGGAUCCAAAUGGUGGGUGGAAAAACGAACAAAUCACUACGGGCUUGUGGGAAGAGUUAAUUACUGAAUUAACCGGCCUAUGCAGACAUGCUGCUGAAAAAAUGCUGUGUGCUUACGCAUUCCCGCGUUGUUUCGUUGAGAAUGGACGCACUAUUAAAGUUCCGCUUUGUUAUGAAGAUUGCACAGCGACGCAUCUACAAUAUUGCUACAAUGAUUGGGUAUUGAUAGAGGAGAAAAAAGAACGUAAUAUCUUUAUUAAGAGCAGAGGACAUUUCCGUUUACCAAAUUGUGCUGUUUUACCAAAGCAUAAUGCCACUGCCAGAAAACCGAACUGUUCUUAUAUUGGCUUGACUGAAAUCAAGGAUAAUGAAGUAAGCUACGAUUGCCGCAAUGGUAAUGGCCGUUAUUAUCUUGGUACAAUGAAUGUAACAAAAACGGGCAUACCUUGUCAACGUUGGGAUGUGCAACAUCCACAUAAGCACAUACAACCGCCACAAGUUUUUCCACAAAUCGCUGAAGGUGAAAACUAUUGUCGUAAUGCUGGAGCAGAAGAACCCUAUCCUUGGUGUUAUACAACAGAUGAAUCUGUGCGUUGGCAACAUUGUGAUAUUCCUUUGUGUCCUGAUUAUAUCGAUGCACUGAACAAAGAUUUCAAUACACCCAUUAAGAUGGAAACAUUUUUUACGCCAUCAAUGAUUUUCUUAUUGGCUGGAAUUGGUUUUAUUGGCAUAGUUGCACUCCAUUUAAUCAUAUUACUUGUCCAUAAAAUCUCUAAACAUAAGGAGUUCAACCAACAGCAACAACAACAACCAACACUUACUUCCGAAUGUAAUGUAUCGACGAGAGGAGAAUGCAACCUAAAUGAUAGCAGAGAAACAAUUGAAUCUUCCAAUGCUGCUGUGAAUUUGAAGUGUGGAACAAUACGCAGUACUGCAACAAUACACAGCACUAAUGAGGCAAAGACGAAAUUGAAUACAAAAUUGGAAAAAUUGGAGUAUCCACGUGGGGACAUUGUUUAUGUGCGUUCCUUAGGUCAGGGUGCUUUUGGUAGAGUUUUUCAAGCAAAAGCUCCCGGUUUGGUACCUGGAAAUGACGAUUUACUGGUUGCUGUUAAGAUGCUUAAGGACGAUGCUAGUGAUCAAAUGCAAAUGGAUUUUGAGCGUGAAGCUUGCUUACUUGCUGAAUUCGAUCAUUCCAAUAUUGUAAAGUUAUUAGGCGUUUGCGCUCUAGGAAGACCAAUGUGUUUACUUUUUGAAUUUAUGUCACCUGGUGAUUUAAGUGAAUUUUUACGCUCCUGCUCACCAUAUGCUACGCAUCAAAUACAACCAUUAAAUCGGCGUGAACUUAACGAAGGUCACUUGUUACAAAUUGCGGCACAAAUAGCUGCUGGUAUGGUAUAUCUUUCGGAACGAAAAUUUGUGCAUCGUGACUUGGCGACACGGAACUGCUUAAUCAACGAGGAAAUGAUAGUAAAAAUUGCUGACUUCGGUCUGUCACAUAAGAUUUAUAUGCAAGACUAUUAUAAAGGUGACGAAAAUGAUGUAAUACCAAUACGCUGGAUGCCUUUGGAGAGUAUAUUGUAUAACAAAUUCUCGAUUGAAUCAGAUAUAUGGGCAUAUGGUAUUUGUCUAUGGGAGAUUUUCUCCUUUGCAUUGCAACCAUAUUUUGGCAUAACACAUGAAGAAGUUAUUAAAUUCAUUAAGGAUGGUAAUGUGCUUAGUUGUCCAGACAACACGCCACUCUCCGUUUAUGCAUUGAUGCGACGUUGCUGGAAUCGAAAACCAAAUGAGCGUCCAAGUUUUGCUGAGGUCAAUCACUGCAUACAACACAGCAUUGUAGAGUACGAGUGCAAAACUAUGAUGUAGUUUGAAAAACAAGCAAGUCAAAUAGUCACGCUUAAUAUAUAGUAAACAAAGAGUGAAUAAUAGAGUGUUUCUAUAUAAGUUUAUUUAUGUGAAGAUAUUACUUUUAUAACUAAACUGUAAUGGAAUUGCACGUACAAUAAUUUAACACAUAAGUAAGGCAUUUUAAAGAUUUGUUAAUAAGAAAUUGAAAAAAAUAUGUAUACAAAAUCAGUGUGUUCCAGAGAAGUUGUUCUUUAAAGAAUUAAUAUCCUUUAUAACACUGCAUAAUUGAAACGAAAGCUGCCACAGCAUUUCAUGUGUAUAUCAUAUACAGUCAUCCGAUCAACGAUUAGAAAGACUACAAACAUUUUAUAUUGCGUUCUAUUUGUAUAAAAUAAAAUGAAAUAUUUCUUAACUAAAAAAUAUUAAAAACUAAUAACGAAAUAUCAUCUGAACAUAUUCUAGU